AUGGCGGAGGUUAUUCUCUCUGCAUUGGUGCAGGUUUUGCUUGAGAAAUCCACGUCCCGCAUCCUUCGUCAAUAUGGAAAGAUGUGGGGCUCCACUGUCUAUAAGCAGCUGAAAAAGCUUGAGAGCACGCUGUCCACCAUUCAAGCUGUCCUCCAGGAUGCUGAGGAGAAGCAGGUGAAGAACGAAGCGCUGAAGAAAUGGUUGGCAGAUCUCAAGGAUGCAGCCUAUGAUGCUGAAGACAUCCUGGACGAGUUCAACUAUGAAGUUCUGCGGCAGGGGGCGGAGAUCCGAGAUCGCAUGAAGAGGAAGGUAUGGGACUUCUUCUCUUUCCGUAAUCCUAUCAUAUUUCGCAUUACAAUGAUCAAUAAGAUUAAAAAGAUGGUGAAGAGGUUGGAUAAGAUUGCAGCGGAGAGAUCUAAGUUCCAUCUGACAGAAAUUGGUCCAGUGGAUAGGCGGUAUUUGAUUACAGAGAGACCAGAAACUCACUCUUUUGUAAAUGAAUCAAACAUCAUUGGAAGAGAGGAAGAUAAGAAAAAGAUCGUAGAAUCGCUUAUCAGUCGGACUGGCAGGAGUGAUGUUUCGGUCCUUCCAAUACUUGGGAUCGGUGGCCUCGGGAAGACGUCGCUAGCACAGCUGGUGUACAAUGAAAUAACGGUUGCAGAGCAUUUCCAGCAGCGCAUAUGGGUCUGCGUGUCUGAGGAUUUUGAUAUCAAAAAUAUUGUCAAGACAAUUAUAGAAUCGGCAACUCAGGGCAAAUAUGAAGUUUCUGAUAUGGAUUCUUUACAACGUAAGCUAAGAGAAGUUCUCAGUGGCAAGAGAUUUCUGCUUGUGCUAGACGAUGUUUGGAAUCCAUGGGAAGAAUUAAAAGAAUUGCUAACAACUGGAGCCAAAGGAAGUUGCGUUAUUCUGACAACCCGCAGUACUACUGUUGUUUCAUCUAUUAUCGGCACACUCGAUGCUUAUGAACUGAAGCCUCUGUCCGAUGAUGAAUGCUGGAGCUUGUUUGAAAGAAACGCAUUUUCUGAGGGUGGUGCGGAGAAGUCCGCAAAUCUGGUACACAUUGGAAAAGCCAUUGCGGAUAAGUGCGGAGGCCUGCCCCUGGCGGCGAAGAUGCUGGGGAGAUUAAUGCGCACGAAGAUGGAGGUGAGGGAAUGGAGAUCAGUGAUGGAAAGUGAAAUUUGGAAACUAAAUGAUGAUAAGAUCCUCUCUUCAUUGAGGUUGAGCUAUAAUCACCUGCCUUGUCAUGUGAAGCAAUGCUUUGCUUAUUGCGCCAUAUUUCCGAAGGAUUAUGAAAUAGACAAGGAGAUGCUGAUCCAGUUGUGGAUGGCUAAUGGAUUCAUUCCAUCUGAUCCAGAGCAGGACAUGGAAUUGAAAGGCCAUGAGAUUUUCAAAGAGCUAUUGUCAAGGUCCUUCUUCCAAGACUUGAUAAUUCACAGAUUCCCCACGAUGAUCACGAGAAAGACAUACAGAAUGCAUGAUCUGAUUCAUGACCUUGCACAAUCCAUUAUGGGGAAUGAAUGCCACAUUCUUGAUAAGCCUCAAAGCAUUUCAAAUACAGCCGUUCGGCAUUUAUCUAUAAUCAUGGAUGAUCCGCAGCUUUCUACGACGGAAAAGGUGCAUACAUUUAAAACGCUCCGGACACUGCUGUGGACGAGCGAUCGGAGCGAGAUUGAUCUUUCCCAUAUCAAUUGGGCAGAGACCAAGUUGCGGGUACUAGGCUUGAGUGGAGUUUGGAUACAUGAUUUUCCAAUUUCAACACUGCAUUUAAAGCAUCUAAGAUAUCUUGGGCUCUCCGAAACUGCUAUUACUACGUUACCUGAAGCUACAUCCAGCCUUCUGAAUCUGCAGACGUUGAACCUCUCCGGAACUGGUAUUACUGCAUUACCUGAAGCUGCAUCCAGCCUUCUGAAUCUGCAGACGUUGAACCUCUCCUACUGUAAGCGGCUUCGUCUGCUACCAAGUGGCAUUACAAAGAUGAGCAGUCUCAAGCAUCUUUAUCUUCACCAUUGUGGAAGCUUAUUAAGCAUGCCUUCAGGGAUAGAGCAAUUGAGGUGCCUCCGUACGCUGACAGCAUACCCAGUUGGAAAUGAGAUUGGCAGUGGAAGGAUCAAAGAGCUGAAAGACUUGCGCAUCGGAGGGUUGCUCGAUCUUUAUGGCCUUGAGAAUGUGAGGAGUGUAGCUGAAGCUGAAGCUGCCAAUACAGGUUCCAAGCAGGAUCUCCACAAUUUGAUUUUGCGCUGGUCGAAUGGUAGACCAUCUAAUGAAUUAACAGAAGGGAAUGCGGAGAAGGUUCUGGAAGCCCUUCAACCACCCCAAGGCUUGAAGUCGUUGAGAAUAUCGUGCUACCCAGGUAAAAGACUUCCUACAUGGUUAGUGGGCCAAUCGAUGCUCCUGUUGAAUCUGGUUGAAAUCACUUUGCAAAAUUGCCCCAGAUGUGAGCACGUCCCACAGCUUGGGCAUCUCCCCCAUCUUGCGAGAUUAAACAUAGAAAUUCUGUCUUCUGUGAAGCACAUUGGCGGUGAUGAUUUCUAUGGCAAAGCAGGUGGAGGAGACCAGCAUGAUGUAGUAUUCCCUUCACUGAGGACAUUUGUGCUACGUCUCAUGGAUGAUUUGGAGGAAUGGUCGGGAGUAGAAGGAAGACCAUCCUUCCCUAAACUUGAAGAUUUAACAAUCUCGUUUUGUCCAAAGUUAACAACUAUCCUAGGUACUCGGUCAUCAAUGAGGAGGUGGGAGAACUUCAACUCUCUUCAGCGGUUGACGAUUGGAAACUGUGGUAGUUUGAUUUCCUUGCCGGUUGAAAUGAUCCGAUGCUUAAGUUCCCUCAGAUAUCUAGAGAUUAGUAAUUGUAAGAACUUCAUUGGCUGCUCGUCAUCAUCAGGUGGCGUAGCAGUGCUGGAACUGCAACACCUCACGACACUUGAAACGCUCUUCAUCGAUCGCUGUCCAAAGUGGGGCAACUUUCCACAUGAUUCGUUGCAUCACCUCACUGCUCCAAAAAUACUCACUCUUGCAGCUUGUGAAGGAGCGACAGCACUACCUGAGUUCCCAGACUCGCUGCUGGAUCUACGGAUUAACCAUUGCCAUAACAUCAGCUCCCUGCCAGAAGGCUUAGGGCGCCUCACAGCACUCGAAAGUCUUGCAAUUUAUGAUUUACCAAAGCUCUCCUCUCUGCCUCAAAGGAUGGAAGGCCUCACGGAUGCAACAAAGUCUGUUGCUGCUGUUGAAUUUGUGAUUGCAAUGGUGAAGGAUGAGAAACAUUCUAUUUCAGAAUUUGCUGCUGGUGCUGAUACUAGUAAACAAAUAUGUUUUGUGAUUGCUGUUGAUGUUGUUGGAAAAUGA